GGUGAGUGAGUGUGUGUGUGUCAAGAGGAGGGGGUGAAAGGGAAACAGGGUAAAAAAAAAACAUAUCCCUGAGCAGCGAAACAACAGGUGUGCAGACUGAAGUAGACCAGACAGGAACAGUAGCCGAAGGUCCAGGUGAGAAAGCCAAACAGAAAAUGAAGGCACGAUACAGUCAGAGCUGAGAGCCCAUGUUCGGAGCUUAACCAAAUAACACAAGAACGCAGAAGAAAGAGCCGCGCCACUUUGAAAGAAACUGGGUAGAAAACGCAACACAUAAGCAUACGGAGGAAACAAUGGAGGGAGCAGAGGGCAGGAGAGGAGGAAGUGGUGGCACCGGCGCCGGGCGUCUCUCGGCCCUGCAGGAGCAGCUGGUCUGGUCCCUGCUCAGCUCCGGCCUGUCCCGAGAGGUUCUGAUCCAGGCCCUGGGAGAGCUAGAGCAGGAAAGGUCCGCUCCAGGAGACGGAGGCACGGCACGCGGCGCGGAGAAGGUGGAGAGGGGCGACGGCGAGAGCUCCGAGGAGGGAGAGGAGUUCCUUCCGGCCAUUUACCGGGAGCUGGAGCAGCUGCCACCGGAGGAGGCAGCAAGGCAGCGUUCCGAAGUGGACCAGCUGCUGCAAGGGGACCCCUGGCGAGUGGCCAAGCUGAUCAAAAGCUACAUGCAACAGCACAACCUUCCCCAAAGGGAGGUGGUGGAGUCCACAGGCCUGAACCAGUCUCACUUGUCCCAGCACCUCAACAAGGGCACACCCAUGAAGAACCAGAAACGUGCCGCCCUCUACAGCUGGUACAUCAGGAAACAGUGUGACAUCAACCAGCAGUUCACCAACGCGAUCCGGGGCAUGGGGACAGGCGAGGAGGGGGGAGAGGAGUGCAGAAAGGGGAGGAGGAAUAGGUUCAAAUGGGGACCUGCUUCCCAGCAGAUCCUGUUUCAGGCCUACGAACGACAGAAGAACCCCAGCAAGGAAGAGAGAGAGGGCCUGGUGGAUGAAUGCAACAGAGCGGAGUGUAUACAGCGGGGGGUGUCACCCUCUCAGCUGGCAGGUCUGGGCUCUAACCUGGUGACAGAGGUACGGGUGUACAACUGGUUCGCCAACCGCCGCAAAGAAGAGGCCUUUCGCCACAAACUGGCCCUGGACACACCCUACGGUAGCCAGUCAGGGCCCACCAAUGCUCACACACUACCUUCCAGCCCUGGGCAAGGACUGAAGUAUGGUCAGCAGGUGAUCUGUGAGAGUAUGGUGUCUGUGAGAGGGGCUUCAGGGGAGAGCGGGGGAGAGCACAGCACGGCAGCAGGACGACUGGCCACAUCCGAGCAGCUGGAGCCCAGCCAUAACCUGCUGGACGCAAACCACCACAAACAGGUCUCAGGGGGAGGCUCUCUUCCUCCGGUCAGCACCCUGACCUCCCUGCAUGGGAUCUCCAGCUCCUCCGCCGCCCACCAAAGCCUCAUCAUGGCCUCCCUCCCUAGCGUCAUGAGCCUAGGGGACUCAUCAUUACUUAUUGGCCUGGCUUCCACCCAGCCUCAGGCAGUUCCGGUCAUCAACAACAUAGGGGGCGGGUUUACAACCCUUCAGCCAAUAUCCUUUCAGCAACAGCUACACUCUUCCCACCAGCAGCAGCAGCUCACGGGGCAUCUUGCACCCAGUUCCUUCAUGGCCACCAUGGCUCAGCUUCCUUGCCACAUGUACAGUAAGUCAGAUCUCUCUGCGUACUCCUCCUCUGGCCUAUUGUCCCAGGCCAUGGUCAUCUCAGAUAGCGGCAGCAUUGGAACUCUCACCAACCUCACUGCAGUAAGGCAGAUACUUUCAUCAGACCCUGAGGAGCAAGAGGGGGCCAUCACAGAGGACUCCCUGCAUCUCCAGUCAAAUUCACCUGUACCAGUUUCCUCUGGAGGUUUGGAUCUCUAUUCAUCAUCUCAAUCUAGUGAGCCCCAUCCCUCUCACCCCUCUCACCUUCUCUCUUCUCCACAAGCAGACAUCGACCCCUAUAUCCCCGCACAGAUGGUAUCUACCGCUCAAUAGCAGAUGCAGAGGGACAAUUUGUCUCAUCCUUUUUGGGGUGGGAAGGAAUUCUGAGAACAAAAGCGCCAGCUACAGAACAGGCACAGUGGAGGCUGCCUUUGAAUGAAAAGGAAUGAGGCAAAGGGAGAAAUGAACUACCUCUUCUACAGACAAAAGAGAAUCUCUAAUAUACUGAAGACUGGGAUUCGGGUCUGUCUGGCUUUGCUCUGGUGAUUGCUAUGCUGCCUAGAUGUGGACUAGAUUUGAGUGCCAUGAACUUGCAUAUUAAAGAUUUCUUGUACUAUAAAGAGCACCUAGAUGAACUAUGAAUAAUUUAAAAACACGAGUAAAGAGAUCAUUCCACUGAUUCAUGUAUAUGGUAUGCAUUAGAGCCUGAAAAAUUUCAACAAAUAGGCCUGAAACAGACAAAAAUUAUGCAUACAUACUACAUCACAUCAAUAAACCUUCCAAUUACGCCUUCAGGAAAAUAAUCUUGGUCUGGGAUCAUUUCUAUUUUUGGCAACAAAAACUGUCAACUGCCACUUUGAUGUGACACAGAUAAAUAGCACUUGUGUUCAUGGUUACAAUUUUGAUUUAAUAAAAAAACUGCCAUAACUA